GCCUCGCGAUCCGGGGGGCUCCUUGCCCAGCCGAGCUGCCCGGUCUUCGAGGACUGCAGGCAGGCCACUGCCCUCCAGAACCAUGGGUGUUGCUCGACCCAGCUGGGACUCUGCCAGGCUCCAGAACUCCGUCUAAGCAAAGGGCCUUCUUCCAGCCACCCUCUUCCUGUCUGCCAUGGCCACGCUCAGCUGCUGCCUGCCUGCCUGGGAAUACAGCCCGCCCAACCCCAGCCCUGAGGGGUUAGGCCAGGCCCCUGGGCUCCAUUUCACAGGGGCGCCUCAGGCACCUGGCCCCUUUCAGACCAAGAGCAACUGAUGCCAUGGGAGGAGCCCCGCCCACCUGUCUGCUCGCCUGGCACUGCCCGCUCUGAGGCCCCUGCUCUGGGUCCCCCUGGAGGUGCCAGCCCUGUGAAUCCCUUCCCUGUCCCCCACACUGAGAAGGCCCUGCCCACCCCACCAUGUGUGAGGUGAUGCCCACAAUCAACGAGGGGGACCCUCUGGGGCCCCCACAUGGUGCUGAUCCGGAUGCCAACUUUGAGCAGCUGAUGGUGAACAUGCUGGAUGAGCGGGAGAAGCUGCUAGAGUCCCUUCGUGAGAGUCAGGAGACCUUGGCGGCCACGCAGGGCCGGCUCCAGGAUGCCCUGCAUGAGCGGGACCAGCUGCAGCGCCACCUGAACUCCGCCCUCCCCCAGGAAUUUGCCACCUUAACCCGGGAGCUGAGCAUGUGUCGGGAGCAGCUUCUAGAGCGGGAGGAGGAGAUAUCAGAGCUGAAAGCAGAGCGGAACAACACGAGGCUGCUUCUGGAACACCUGGAGUGCCUGGUGUCCCGCCACGAGCGAUCGCUGCGGAUGACGGUGGUGAAGCGCCAGGCACAGUCGCCCUCAGGGGUCUCCAGUGAGGUGGAGGUGCUGAAGGCCCUCAAGUCGCUGUUCGAGCACCACAAGGCCCUGGACGAGAAGGUGCGAGAGCGGCUCCGGGCGGCCUUGGAGCGAGUCGCCACCCUGGAGGAGCAGCUGGCAGGUGCCCACCAGCAGGUGUCUGCCCUGCAGCAGGGAGCAGCGCUUCGGGACGGAGUGGCGGAAGAGGAGGGGACUGUGGAGCUGGGCCUGAAACGCCUGUGGAAGGAUGACGAGGGCCGGCUGCAGGAGCUGCAGGAGUUGCUGGAGAAGCAGAACUUUGAGCUGAGCCAGGCCCGGGAGCGACUGGUUACUCUGACAGCAGCAGUGGCUGAACUGGAGGAGGACCUGGGCACCGCCCGCCGGGACCUGAUCAAGUCGGAGGAGCUGAGCAGCAGGCAUCAGCGGGACCUACGGGAGGCUCUGGCCCAGAAGGAAGACAUGGAGGAGCGGAUCACCACACUGGAGAAGCGCUACCUGGCUGCUCAGCGCGAGGCCACGUCCAUCCAUGACCUCAACGACAAGCUGGAGAGCGAGCUGGCCAACAAGGAGUCCCUGCACCGCCAGUGUGAGGAGAAGGCUCGACACCUGCAGGAGCUGCUGGAGGUGGCAGAGCAGAAGCUGCAGCAGACCCUGCGGAAGGCAGAGACGCUGCCGGAGGUGGAGGCCGAGCUGGCCCAGAGAAUCGCAGCCCUCACCAAGGCCGAGGAGAGGCAUGGCAACAUCGAGGAGCACCUGCGGCAGCUGGAGGGCCAGCUGGAGGAGAAGAACCAGGAGCUGGCGAGGGUGCGCCAGCGGGAGAAGAUGAAUGAGGACCACAACAAGCGGCUGUCAGACACCGUGGACCGGCUGCUCAGCGAGUCCAACGAGCGCCUGCAGCUCCACCUCAAGGAGCGCAUGGCUGCUCUGGAGGAGAAGAACACGCUGAUGCAGGAGCUGGAGAGCUCCCAGCGGCAGAUCGAGGAGCAGCACCACCACAAGGGCCGCCUGUCCGAAGAGAUUGAGAAGCUGCGCCAAGAGGUGGACCAGCUGAAGGGUCGAGGGGGGCCGUUGGUGGAUGGCAUCCACUCCAGGUCGCACACGGGCAGCGCAGUGGACCUGCGGUUCUCCUUGAGCACGGCAGCCCCGGGCCUGCGUCGCCGCUUCUCGCUGCGGGAAGAGCCUGCCAAGGACUGGGAGCGGUCUCCACUGCCUGGUGUGCUGGCCCCCACGGCCGCCCCUGCCUUCGACAGUGACCCUGAGAUCUCUGACGUGGAUGAGGAUGGGCCAGGGGGUCUGGUGGGCUCCGUGGAUGUUGUCUCCCCGGGCAGCCACUCCGAUGCGCAGACCUUGGCCAUGAUGCUGCAGGAGCAGCUGGACGCCAUCAACGAGGAGAUCAGGAUGAUCCAGGAGGAGAAAGAGUCCACGGAGCUCCGCGCGGAGGAGAUCGAGACGCGAGUGACGAGCGGCAGCAUGGAGGCCCUCAAUCUGACCCAGCCGCACCGGCGCGGCCCCAUCCCCACCUCUCUGACUGCCCUGUCCUUGGCCAGUGGGUCCCCUGCAUUCAGUGGCCGCUCCACAGCUAAGUGUGCCUCCCGCAGUGCCGUUCAGGACCUGGACCGAAUGGGGGUCAUGACCCUGCCCAGUGACUUGCGGAAGCACCGGCGGAAGCUGCAGUCACCAGUGUCUCGGGAACAGAACCGAGAGGAUAAAGCCACCAUACAUUGUGAGACCUCUCCUCCUUCCUCACCCAGGACGCUGCGGCUCGAGAAGCGCGGCCACCCAGCCCCGAGCCAGGAGGAAGGCCAGAGUGCCGCGGAGGACCAGGGCAGCAGCCCCAGCAGCAGCCACAGCAGCCAGGACUCCUUGCACAAGGGCGCCAAGCGCAAAGGCAUCAAGUCGUCCAUCGGCCGGCUGUUCGGGAAAAAGGAGAAGGGCAGGCUGACCCAGCUGAGCCACGAUGGAGCUGCGGGCCACGUUCUGACAGACUCCGAGCUCGGGCUGCAGGAGCCCCUGGUGCCUGCCAAGCUGGGGACCCAGGCAGAGAGGGACCGGCGGCUGAAGAAGAAGCACCAGCUGCUUGAAGACGCCCGCCGAAAGGGACUGCCCUUUGCCCAGUGGGAUGGCCCUACCGUGGUCUCCUGGCUAGAGCUAUGGGUGGGGAUGCCAGCCUGGUACGUGGCAGCCUGCCGUGCCAACGUCAAGAGUGGGGCCAUCAUGUCGGCCCUGUCGGACACGGAGAUCCAGCGGGAGAUCGGCAUCAGCAACCCUCUGCACCGGCUGAAGCUGCGGCUGGCCAUCCAGGAGAUGGUGUCGCUGACCAGCCCCUCCGCCCCGCCCACCUCCAGGACUUCCUCUGGGAAUGUCUGGGUCACCCAUGAAGAGAUGGAAACUCUGGCAACAUCCACUAAAACAGACAGUGAGGAGGGCAGCUGGGCUCAGACCCUGGCCUAUGGGGACAUGAGCCACGAGUGGAUCGGGAACGAGUGGCUGCCCAGCCUGGGGCUGCCCCAGUACCGCAGCUACUUCAUGGAGUGCCUGGUGGACGCUCGCAUGCUGGACCACCUCACCAAGAAGGACCUGCGGGUGCACCUGAAGAUGGUGGACAGCUUCCACCGGAGCAGCCUGCAGUACGGCAUCAUGUGUCUCAAGAGGCUCAAUUAUGACCGGAAGGAGCUGGAGAGGAGGCGGGAGGAGAGCCAGCAUGAGAUCAGGGAUGUGCUGGUCUGGACCAAUGAGCAGGUGGUCCACUGGGUCCAGUCCAUUGGGCUCCGGGACUAUGCAGGGAACCUGCAGGAGAGUGGUGUGCACGGCGCCCUGCUGGCCCUGGACGAGAACUUUGACCACAACACACUGGCCCUGGUCCUGCAGAUCCCCACACAGAACACCCAGGUGGGCGGCACUGGCGUCAGGGGCCCCGCUGCCUGUGCCUCAAGACAGUUCCCGCCAAGGAGUCAUCCAGGGACCAUCCCACUGUGUCCCCUGCAGGGGGAGGACAAGGUGUUCCGCCGCGCCCCCUCCUGGAGGAAGCGCUUCCGGCCGCGGGACCUCUCCGCAGGCGUGCUCGGCGUGUCCCCGCUGGGGUCCCUGCAGCCUCCACUGGCCCAGCCUAAGAAGAUCACGCCUGAAGCGCACUCCCACUAUCUCUACGGACACAUGCUCUCUGCCUUCCGGGACUAGCCACGCCCCAGGGCUCCACAGGCGCGGCCGCUGGACCCCUCCCGCUCGACCCCUUCCUCCAGGCUCCCAGGCUCUUCAGUGACUCUCCAGCCGCCCUGGGUCUCCGAAUACACACGUCCACCCCUGGGCCGUCCGCCAGCCCAGGCCCCGCGUGUCCGUUGCCAUCUCUGAUGUGGCUGUGCCUCCUGGAGUCGCGCAGCCCCGGGUGGGCUGUGACUCCACCUCCCUCCUGGUCCUGGCCUCGCCUGGACUCGACUUCCAGGGGAGACCAGGGAACCGCCGUGGGCCGGGCGACCUGCCGAGAAAAGGGCACUUCGCCCUCUGCGUGUGGGCUGUCGGGCCUCUGGUCCCUGUCCCUGUCCUGGCUCUGCCCAGUGGCCUGCCUGCCAUGGCUUCUGCUCCAGGACCCCCUGCGGGCUGGGCGGCAGGAAGCCUGUCCUGGGUGAGGCUGGGGAGGAGGCCCCAGGCCUGGCCCAAGCUGAAUCCCAGCUGCGAAUUUGAGAAGAAUCUGGGAGAAAUGGGCCCCUGCGCUUUGGGCCGAGGGUCCAGGUGUGGAAACAGCCCCCCAUUCAGUGAGGCACAGGCUGGCCAGGGGAGGAGACCAGAGGCUGUGGUGGCCUCACCCAAAGGGCAGUGGGAUGCCACCCGUCCCGCCUGGGGUAGAGCUGCUGGGGGGUGGGGAAUGGUGUGGGGGAGGGUCGAGGCCUGCGGCCUUAGCUCUGGGCAGGACAGAGAUCACCCCACACCCCAGGCACUGCCAGCCCUGCUCCGCACCCUGUCCCUCGGCCCCUCAGCCCCCUGCAGGAAUCCCAGCCCCAUCGCGCGCGCCCAUGGUGGAGUGAGUGUGCCCUGCCUCAGCUCGGGCUUGGGGAGGAGGGAGACUGAGGCUGCCUCCCCUUCUCUCCUGGGAAGAGCUUGAUGCUUCCCCUAAGUGAGUCGGCCUGGCCCAAGUCAUUGAAUGUGGGUGAAGGCUCCCUGGGUGUGCAGGGACUGCCUCCUCUAGAGAUUCCUACCAAGUGGGCAGCGUUUCCCAGCAGCAUGGCAUUCCCAGGAAAUCCUCUUGCUUGCCCAUUCCUCACCCCCCUCGGUGCCGGAAGUGCUGGGGACCCAAGUUCAGGAUGUGGGUGGGGCCCAGGCUUCAUCCAAGAGAGCAGAGGCAGGUGUGUGGAGGCCACACCCCCGGCCGGUGGCUGAGCAGCUGGACUGGGGUCUGAGUGUGGCGCCCUAGCGGGGCAGUGCAGGCUCAGCACUUGGCGACGUCUCAGAGGUGAGGUCCCCAUGCUGGGGUGGGGGCUCCCCUCGUGCCCUGCCCGCCCCGGCAUCAGCCACUGUGGAGAUGAGGGCGGGGAGAGAAAGCCCUGUGCUUGGGUGAUGGGCCUGAAGGUCGUGGGGAAACCCCAGGCUCUGGUUGGUGGAGUGGGGACCACGAGGCCGUGUGAUGGUCAGGGGACCUGACAAGCUGGUACGCGGGCGCGGCCGUCCUCCACGCGGUUGUGCCGUGAGGCAGCAGCUGGGGGACCUGGGUCCCUUUGGGGGGCGUGGGGUGUUUCGGGAGGCGAUGGAGGAGGGGCCGGUGGGGGUGAGGCUGCUGUCUGCUGCUCAGGAGGUUGUUUCUCAGUCAGUGCAUUUGCAGAGUCCCAAGGCCUGAGCCCUCACAGCUUCCUUCAGGUCCCUGCUCAGCACCGUGCUAGCUCCGUGCGUCCGGAGGGGUGCCUGUGGUGUGCGUGCGUGUGCGUGUGCGUGUGCCCCACCAAUAAACCUGGUUUUACGACAACGUGAA